AUGCCUGUUCAGUGGAAGGAAGUACUAGAACUGGCCGCUCCAGACCUGGACCCUGUAGACCUGGCCCCUCCAGACCUGGACCCUGUAGACCUGGCCCCUCUAGACCUGGACCCUGUAAACCUGGCCCCUCCAGACCUGGACCCUGUAGACCUGGCCCCUCCAGACCUGGACCCUGUAGACCUGGCCCCUCUAGACCUGGACCCUGUAGACUUGGCCCCUCCAGACCUGGACCCUGUAGACCUGGCCCCUCUAGACCUGGACCCUCCUGUCCUGGCCCCUCUAGACCUGGACCCUGUAGACCUGGCCCCUCCAGACCUGGACCCUGUAGACCUGGCCCCUCCAGACCUGGACCCUGUAGACCUGGCCCCUCUAGACCUGGACCCUGUAGACUUGGCCCCUCCAGACCUGGACCCUGUAGACCUGGCCCCUCUAGACCUGGACCCUCCUGUCCUGGCCCCUCUAGACCUGGACCCUGUAGACCUGGCCCCUCUAGACCUGGACCCUGUAGACCUGGCCCCUCUAGACCUAGACCCUGUAGACCUGGCCCCUCUAGACCUGGACCCUGUAGACCUGGCCCCUCUAGACCUGGACCCUCCUGUCCUGGCCCCUCUAGACCUGGACCCUGUAGACCUGGCCCCUCUAGACCUGGACCCUGUAGACCUGGCCCCUCUAGACCUCGACCCUGUAGACCUGGCCCCUCUAGACCUGGACCCUGUAGACCUGGCCCCUCUAGACCUGGACCCUGUAGACCUGGCCCCUCUAGACCUAGACCCUGUAGACCUGGCCCCUCUAGACCUGGACCCUGUAGACCUGGCCCCUCUAGACCUGGACCCUCCUGUCCUGGCCCCUCUAGACCUGGACCCUGUAGACCUGGCCCCUCUAGACCUGGACCCUGUAGACCUGGCCCCUCUAGACCUAGACCCUGUAGACCUGGCCCCUCUAGACCUGGACCCUGUAGACCUGGCCCCUCUAGACCUGGACCCUGUAGACCUAGCCCCUCUAGACCUGGACCCUGUAGACCUGGCCCCUCUAGACCUGGACCCUCCUGUCCUGGCCCCUCUAGACCUUGUCCCGCUAGACCCGGCCAUCCUGUUCCAAUGA